UAUGGAGUUAUAUGGAGUGAGGGCAAGUGGCUGCAGCUGCGGCUGAUCAGUCGUCUGGUGAUGGUGAGCCUGACCAGGUGUGAGGAUCGGCGGUCAAUAUCUUGUUUCUUUCUUUCAUUCUUUAACAAAUAUUUUUUGUCUGAUCCGCUGACACAGAAACGGCCAACUCAGAAGGCAGAGGAGCUAUAUAGCCAGGCAGCUCUUGACUCGGAGUCGGAUCAGACUAACAGGAAGAGGAAGUGGCAGAGCGGCAGUCAGGGAGAUCAGCAUCCAUCCACCUCAUGCAGAAGACCUGCCAAACGCUCUCGCAGAGGAACAUAUGUGAAGGGUUCAUUGCUGGGAAGAGGUGGAUUCGGCUCUGUGUUUACUGGGACACGCAGGUCUGAUGGACUGCCAGUUGCCAUCAAAUAUGUCUCUAAAGUCACGCCGCAGAGGAGACUGAAAGUUGAAGGACAUGGCCGGCUGCCGCUGGAGGUGGCAUUGAUGACUCUGGUGAAUUCAGCUCCUGCCUGCCCCAAUGUCCUGCAGCUCGUGGAGUGGUUUGACAGUCCCGCUCAAUACAUCAUGAUCCUGGAGCGUCCCGUUCCUUGCCAAGAUCUCCAGAGUUUCUUUGAGGAGAACGGCUACCUGGAUGAGAGCCUGGCAAAGAAAGUGCUGCUGCAGCUCAUCAGUGCGUUGAAACACUGCGAGAGCCGCGGAGUCCUGCACCGGGACGUCAAGCCCCAGAACCUGCUGAUUUCCACGGACUCACAUGAAGUCAAGCUGCUGGACUUUGGCUGUGGACACCUAGUAAAGGACUCGGCCUACAGAUGGUUUUCAGGCACUCUUCAGUCACGCCCUCCUGAAUGGUUCGGUCAGCGUCGCUAUCAUGCAGGACCGGCUACUGUUUGGUCAGUCGGGGUGACUCUCUAUAAAAUCCUGUGCGGGUGGUUGCCCUUCAGAGUCACACGGAGAGUCACCUCCAAAAGCAUACUGCGCUUCCCUCGAAAGCUGUCUACAGGCAAGAGACACAAAUCCUGUGACGUUUGUUGUUUUGUGUUGCAGAACACAAGUGCUGUGUUGUGUGUAACAGAGUGCCGUCAGUUGAUCAGCGCGUGUCUCAGUGCAGCGGCGGCAGAUCGGCCCACUUUAGAUGACAUUGAGCUCCACCCUGGUUAA